CCCAAGAAGCGCAAGAUGAACCCCGCUGACGCAACGAUGGAUUUACCGACGGAGGAGGAGCAGCGACGUGCAUCCUUAGGCCGGCCGGGAUUUUUCAACCCGGCGGUGAUGCAGCAACCCGGAACAUCGCAGCCGCACGUUCCCUCCGUGCACGAAGUAGCGUUCCAUCAUCAGGUGUCCCCAAACGGGCACCUCUAUCCGCCAUCGCAAUUGGGACCCGCAUCAGCGCAGCCGGUAUCAGCGCCAUCGCAAUUUGUGCAACCGCCAUCGCAAACGGGCUCAGCUGUAGUGGAUAACGCCGUACUCCUGCAAACGCUGAAAAUGAUGCAGCAACAAAUGACCCAGCAACAGCAGCUUAUUAGUAAAAUAAUGGCCCAGCAAAUAAGCCAGCCCGCAUUUACGCCAAAUUUCAAUCCAGAGCAAGCAACGGAAGCAUUAGCCAAUUCGAUUAUGGAAUUUCGGUUCGAUCCUGAAGCUGGCAUCACCUUCAGAACAUGGUUUUCCCGGUACGAGGAGCUGUUCAACGAGGAUGCUUGUCGGUUAAGUGAUGCAGCAAAAGUGCGACUUCUUUUAAGGAAGCUAGGUGCAGCCGAGCAUGAUCGGUAUUUGUCGUUUAUCCUGCCCCUACGUUCAAGUGAAUUUUCAUUCAAGGAGACGAUCGCAAAGCUCGCUGUGCUGUUCGACGUGCAGGAAUCCUUGAUAAGCAAAAGGUACAAGUGUUUGCAGCUUACAAGGAAACCUGAAGAGGAUCUGCUUACCUACGCAUGUCGUGUAAAUAAAUCAUGCGUAGAGUUCGAGCUCAGCAAGCUCGACGAGGAACAGCUAAAGUGCCUCUUAUUCGUUUGUGGAUUAAGAGAAGAACGAGACGUCGAAGUGCGAACCAGAUUGUUGGCGAAAAUCGAGGAUCGAGAGCAGAUUACGUUGCAGCAACUGUCAGAGGAUUGUAGUCGCAUUGCCGCACUAAAAAGAGACAGCGCAAUGAUACAAGAAAAUGAACGCACCGGCAAUUCCCCAGAAGAAAUAAUGUCCAAAGAUAUGAUAAGCAGCGUCCUCCCGCACGGAACACCCAGCCCAGCCGACCAUGCUGGCUUUGUGGCGAUAGACAUUGGGUGCAAGACUGCGAAUACAAAUCGCACACAUGCCAAGAUUGCGGAAUAGAAGGGCACCGAGAAGGACACUGCAAUACCGCAAGUCGAUUCGGAAAGUUUCGGCACAGCCCAUCAGCGGAGGUUAAAAUCGUCACGGUGAAUGCUUGUGCAGUCGCAGUAAACCGUAAGUACGUAAACGUGCAAAUAAAUGGGAACAAUGCCAGGUUGCAACUCGAUACGGGGUCCGAUAUCACGAUCAUAAAUCGACCCAUGUGGAAAAGCUUAGGAGAACCUUUAUUAAAUGCAUGCGAGAUAAGAACAAAGACAGUGUCAGGAGCUAACCUUCACAUAGACGGGGAAUUCGAAGGAAUUAUUACGGUUGGAGGAAUUACGAAAACAGCCACAAUACGGGUAGCUCGCGUAAAUCUUUUAUUAUUGGGUGCAGACGUAAUAGAAUCAUUUAACCUGGGAUCGUUACCAAUGAAUGCGUACUGUGAAUCAGUUUCAACAACGACACCAAUUGCUAAAAGCUUAGAAUAUCCCAGCGUUUUUAAAGGAUCAGGCAACGAUUAUUAUUUUACAAACGGAACAACGACUGCUACAUAACAAAAAAAAAAAAAAAAAAAAGA